AUGCUGGAAAAAUACCUCAUACUGAUACUUCUACCAACUGUUGUGUACAGCAGUAUAAAAAUUCACAUUGAACCCAUCAAGAACGGUACUGAUGCAUCUGUUAAUUUACAUGGCGAAGAAAGGAGAGACGUCAGCGACAGUGACCGAAAAGUUUUCAAGAUCGAUGAUGGAACUUUAAAAAGAGCCUCAGAAAAAUACAUGGGAAAACGAUGCGGUGAUGUUUACGUGAAACCCCCGACACCCUGGGGAGACGUGUUCGAAAAAUAUGGCUGGGAAAUUGUUAGGAAGACUGUCACACCGAUUGAAGCUAGAGUAGUCGGCAUAAAUUCAAAACCUGUUGCUUUUGGCAAUGCAGAAUAUGUUAAUAAUCAUGAAUCCUUAAGUGUUACGUACAGUACGAGUUUGACGCACCAAGUUGAAGAGACAGUCGGCCAUACGUGGAGCCAAGGUGGGGAAGUGGGAGUAGGAAUAAAAAUUGAAUUCAGUGUUAACUUUGGUGUGGCCAGUGCAGGCGGUAGUCACUCAAUGUCAUACACUGCAAGUUGGGGUGAGGAAACAUCAAAAUCGAGGGCUGUUACCCUCGGUACUACUUCAUCAAUACUGGUUGAGGUUCCUCCAAAAAAAAUGGUUAUAGCAUCACUUCAGGCUACAGAAGGAACUAUGGAUAUUGAGAUUAAAUAUAAGUCCAGGCUUGAUGGAAGAGUAUUUUGCAACUAUCCAAAUAAAUUUCAAGGACAUUAUUUCUAUUCAAUGCCAUUAAAGAGCUUGUUGAAUACCAUAGGUUUACCAGUGGAAAAGUACUCCACCGAGAGGAUAUCAAUUGGAUUCUAUAGUACUGCCAGAUUGGUGGUGAGCAAUACGACUAGCACUUCUGUCCAUUAA